AUGACGAUAAGCAAUUUGAUACGCUCGCGCUGUAUAUUAGCCACCGCAAAAUCGUUCCUAGAGAACGUGAAGUCAUUCUCCGGCCAUGCAACGUUUGCGGAACACAAACAGCUGGAAAAGAUUCGCAACAUUGGCAUCUCGGCACACAUCGACAGUGGCAAAACGACACUAACCGAGCGCAUUCUGUUCUACACCGGACGCAUCAAGGAAAUGCAUGAGGUGAAGGGAAAGGAUAAUGUUGGCGCAACGAUGGACUCGAUGGAGUUGGAACGGCAGCGCGGUAUUACGAUUCAAUCGGCCGCUACGUACACAAUUUGGAAGGAACAUAAUAUCAACAUUAUCGAUACGCCCGGGCAUGUGGAUUUCACCGUGGAAGUGGAACGUGCUUUGCGUGUUCUCGAUGGUGCUGUGCUGGUGCUUUGCAGCGUGGGUGGUGUUCAGAGUCAAACACUCACCGUGAAUCGACAGAUGAAGCGUUACAAUGUGCCGUGUCUUGCGUUCAUCAACAAGCUCGAUCGUUCCGGCGCUAAUCCGUACCGUGUGCUUGGUCAGAUGCGUUCCAAAUUGAACCACAAUGCCGCCUUCGUGCAGUUACCGAUUGGAGUAGAGAGUAACUGCAAGGGAGUGAUCGAUCUGGUCAAGCAGCGGGCGCUUUAUUUCGAGGAACCGUUUGGGUUGAAAAUACGUGAGGAUGAAAUUCCGGCUGAUAUGCGCACGGAGUGUACCGAACGUCGGCAGGAGCUGAUUGAGCACCUUUCGAAUGUGGACGAGAAGAUCGGGGAACUGUUCCUGGAAGAACGUGAAGCGACGGUAGAAGACAUUAUGGGAGCUAUCCGUCGAUCAACCUUGAAGCGUGCGUUCACUCCUGUGCUUGUUGGUACGGCGUUGAAGAACAAAGGUGUCCAACCACUGCUGGAUGCGGUGCUAGAUUAUCUACCCCACCCGGGAGAGGUUGAAAAUCUGGCACUGAUCGAGAAGAAAGAUGAAGAACCACAAAAGGUCCUGUUAAAUCCUGCGCGUGAUGGGAAGGAUCCUUUCGUAGGAUUAGCCUUCAAACUGGAAGCGGGUCGGUUCGGACAACUAACAUACCUUCGCUGCUAUCAGGGCGUUCUUCGAAAGGGUGACAACAUCUUCAACACGCGGUCGGGCAAAAAGAUUCGCCUGGCCCGUUUGGUCCGACUGCACUCCAACCAAAUGGAGGACGUAAACGAGGUGUACGCCGGUGACAUUUUUGCCCUGUUCGGAGUCGACUGUGCAUCGGGCGAUACGUUCGUAACAAACCCGAAGCUGGAACUGUCGAUGGAAUCGAUCUAUGUGCCUGAUCCCGUCGUCUCGAUGGCAAUCAAACCGAACAAUUCGAAGGAUCGUGACAAUUUCGCGAAGGCGAUCGCACGCUUCACCAAGGAAGAUCCUACCUUCCACUUCGAGUACGAUGCAGACGUGAAGGAAACGCUCGUGUCCGGUAUGGGUGAGCUACAUCUCGAGAUCUACGCGCAGCGAAUGGAACGCGAGUACAACUGUGCGGUAACGCUCGGCAAACCUAAGGUAGCUUUCCGUGAGACGCUUGUCGGGUCGUGCGAGUUCGACUAUCUGCACAAGAAGCAAUCAGGUGGCCAAGGACAGUAUGGGCGGGUAUCGGGCAUUUUGGAACCGUUGCCACCGCACCAAAACACCGUGAUCGAGUUUGUGGACGAAACGAUGGGUACGAAUGUACCGAAACAGUUCAUCCCAGCCAUUGAGAAGGGAUUCCGACAGAUGGCAGAGAAGGGUUUGUUAUCCGGCCACAAGCUGUCAGGCAUUAAGUUCCGCCUGCAGGACGGUGCACAUCAUAUCGUCGAUUCGAGCGAGCUGGCGUUCAUGUUGGCCGCCCAGGGUGCGAUCAAGAGUGUGUUCGAAAAUGGCAGCUGGCAAAUACUGGAACCGAUCAUGAUGGUGGAGGUGACGGCUCCGGAAGAGUUCCAGGGUACGGUAAUUGGGCAGCUUAAUAAGCGCCACGGUAUCAUUACGGGUACGGAAGGUGCUGAGGGAUGGUUUACCGUGUACGCAGAGGUACCGCUGAACGAUAUGUUCGGAUAUGCCGGCGAGCUACGGUCAAGCACACAGGGCAAAGGGGAGUUCAGCAUGGAGUACAGCCGAUAUUCACCUUGCCUGCCAGAAGCCCAGGAAAAACUGGUUCACGAGUACCAAGUGUCGCAGGGUUUGGUAGUGGACAAAAAGCAGAAGAAAAAGAACUAA